UAGAAAGCCACUUCUCAGCUGAUGUAAAACGGGAUGGCAGAGGAGUCAGGAACCGGUGUCUCUUCACGGGCUGAGAGAAAGGCAUUAGAAAAGGCCAAAAUACUGCAACGGGAAAGCGAGAGAAAGAUUUUCAGUCUGGUAGGACGAGUCCUGAAGAAACCGGAGGCUGAACGGUCAGAGGAGGAGGCAGCUGUGUUACUGCUGCACAGAGACACUGUGGAGGAGCUCUGCAAGAGACAAGUCCGCAGGAAUGUGCUCAAGAGGAAGCAGGAGGAGGUGUUUGAUGAUGCUGAGGAGCUGAAAAGUAAAGUCAGACAGCUGGCUGUGGCAGUCAAACAAGCAAAUCACCUGGUGGUUUACACUGGAGCUGGGAUCAGUACGGCAGCUUCUAUCCCAGACUACAGGGGUCCUAAUGGGGUGUGGACACAGCUACAGAAGGGACGGACAGUGAGUUCGUCUGACCUGAGUAAAGCAGAGCCGACCCUCACGCACAUGUGCAUUAGGAUGCUACAUAAGGAAAAGAUGGUGAAGCAUGUUGUGUCUCAAAACUGUGAUGGACUUCACCUUCGUAGCGGUCUACCCAGAAAUGCCCUGUCCGAGCUCCAUGGAAACAUGUUUAUUGAGGUGUGUGUAUCCUGUUCCCCGGUCAGGGAGUAUGUCCGUUUAUUUGACGUGACGGAGCGGACAUCGCUGCAUCGGCACGGGACGGGCCGCAGGUGCAGCCUCUGUUGUGGCGAACUCAGGGACACCAUAGUACACUUUGGGGAACGUGGGACCCUGGAGCAACCUCUCAACUGGAAGGGAGCCGCAGAGGCUGCCAAAAAGGCAGAUGUUAUCCUCUGUUUGGGCUCCAGUCUGAAGGUGCUGAAGAAAUAUGCUUGCCUGUGGUGCAUGAACAGAUCUGCGAGCAAAAGGCCCAAACUCUACAUUGUCAACCUCCAGUGGACACCGAAGGAUGAUCUUGCUAUGUUGAAAAUUAAUGGCAAGUGUGAUGAUGUCAUGAGCCUCCUCAUGGAAGAGCUGAACUUUCAGAUUCCCGUGUAUGACAGGGCAGAGGAUCCCAUCUUAAGUCUAGCCACACCUCUGCGGCCAGAGGAGGUGGACAGCCAUAGCCGCGAGGUCAUAGCUCCCCCUGACGGGCGGCAGGACUGCUUAGUCAAUCCUGGGGGACAAGCAGAAGAAGCCACAGCUGUGCAGGGCGGCUGGUUCGGACGAGGCUAUGGUAAAGGAAGGAAGAAGAAGAAAACGGCUUCAUAACUGAGUUCAAGUAUGUUGCAACCCCCAGUGAUCAAUCCCCAUGAGGGAUUCAAAUUUCAGUCCCAUGAUGAGGACAACGUGGACUUGAUCUUUCAUGGUGCUGUGUAUUUGUUAUGUAAUUUUGGCUGCGUUGAUAUCAUUUAGUCACGUGCACUGAGUGCAUGUGAAGGGAAAAAUACAUUUUUUGCCAUUUGAAAAUGGCACUUUGCACCAUGACUUUAUUAUUUUACAUAUAAAAGUGUUAUUUUAUGAUGCUCUAGUUUCUUAUGCUACUAUCUUUAUGGCAGCUAAGAUAGCUGGGUUAGUCAGAGCCCAGUCAGCAUAACAGGUAUGACAGUAAGUUUGAGCAACAAAACCAUAAAAUUAUUAUAAUGAAAUUUUUCUAAAAGGUGAAAAGAAAGAGCAUUUUGGUGUCUUUCAAGAUGUGUCAGGAAGGAUGUUUCCUUAUUUGACGCAUGUCUACGGUCAGCUUAAAUCCAGAUAGUCACAAUGGAUAGCAGUAGUCACAAGUUUUGAAAACCACUGCAGCAUUAUCAGUUUCUCUGCUAUCCAUUUGUAUGCCCAGUAUAUCAACAAAUACAGCAUAAUGUUUUAUAGCCCUGUUUGAAGCCUCCAGGUGCUGAAUGAAAGUUGGUAAUGGGUGCAUUACAGUAACUAAUAUAAUGUGCAACAUGCCGCUGGAUUGAGCAUUAGCUAGAUGCAAAUGGCCAUAAAAUACAGGUGUCUAAAGUUUAAGUUACUGUAUGCAUGUAUGUGUUAUCUAUGAGUGGAAAGUGAGUGACUUGGGUGUUUAUAAGUAGCAAAUACCAGCAGAAGAAGAGCAGAAUACCAACGGCCAAAUUUUGGAUUCUGUGCUGCCACGCUGAGAAGAGAUUUAAAAAGAUUGAGACAUUAAUUGCUUAGACUAAAAGAUAUUUUUGUAGUCUUUUUCAAACAUUUUAAGCUUGCAUUGUUGACUGUACCUUGUUCAACUUAGCUUAUUUGUGUUUUUUUUAUGUUUUUAAAGAUAUUUUGGUUUACUUAAAUUAUUUCCUGAAUUCACACUCAACCUUCACUCUGCUGUCACCCAUCCUCAGGUUUGCAGGCAUAGUAGUACAACUACUACUGUACCUUAGUUUACUGAAGUUCUUUGUUUAUGUUUACAUUUUUAUCUCCUUUGUUUACAGCUCUGUAAGAAGUAAAGCAGAGUUUUGAAUUUUUACUUAAAUUUUGAUUAGUUGUUAGUUUGUCAGGUUAAGUUACUGUUUACUUUGGUCAUAGGAAACCACCAAACAGGUGUAUUACGUUGUCUCAGGAAGGUCCGGUAGUAUUAAUAAUCACAUCCUGUACCAUAUAUUGUCAGAAUUUGUGAAAGGCCAGACUAGCCAUGAUAAGCUAGUGUUCAGCAUUCCUAAAACUCAAACCAGUGCUAGAACUGGAUGUGAAGACUCAUUAGUUGUUUCUAUAUUUUUCAACAAUGUUGUUAUAUUUGUGAGACAAUAAAGUGUUCCUCAUUUUAA